UCUCUUGCAAACGAUAUACGCGCUAAAUUUGUAACCAUUGGACUGGGCCUCUCAGAAGUUGUUUGUCAACUAUCAACAGAAAUGCCAGCCAAAAGAACACUCCGUUUGGAGGACAAGGACAACACACCAGCCAAGAGACCUGCACCAGACAGAAACUACUCCCCAUUGACUGGUACCUACCAGAUGAGUCCCAGUGCAGCUUUUCAAGCAGGUAAAGCCAAAGCCAGUGGGAAAACUGCUAAUUCCUGUAAACCACAGGUGCCACAGACAGAAGUGGAAAUACUACAUGCCAUCAGCUCUAAACUGGAAGCAUCAGUUGGAGCAUUUAUCAAGGCAAGGCAAGAGCUGGAGACAAUAGUGGCUGCAGAGGGCAGCAGUGAGCUGAAGAGUUUCUUUUCUAGGGGCUCUGCUGACCUGAAGACCGAACUGAGGAGGCACAGAGAACUUGCAUCCAAAGCAGAGUCCUGCCUCAGAGUGAAUGGUGCUGGCCAGAGCCGUUUGCAAGGUGUUGUCCAGACUGGCAGCUCCUCUGACUUCCUGAAAUCCAUAAUGGGCUUAUAAAGGUUUCUGCUAUGAGAGCCGCUCAACUGAACUCUCAACAGAACGACACGGAAAAUGGAAUAGCAGCUCUGCCUUCUUUCAAUCUAAGCUGUCAUUUGUGAGGCGUCUCGGAGGCUGCCUGUCAGUCAGAAAGUAAAAAGGCAGCCUUAGACAUCAGACACGUUUACACUGAGCCCUGUCUGCUGGAGAGAGCCUCCCUCACCGCUGACAAAUGUUGACUCUACAAUAACUGCCGCUAUGCAGCUCUGCGAAAAUGUUCUUUCAUUGAGCGAACGUCCUCGUCCCAUUAGACCUGAUGCUAUAUGAAAUCCACCCCCACCAUUUCCUCUAGCUACCUCGAAAGGUAAAGGAAACAGGAAUAGAGGCUCUGAUGAGAGGCUACUGCACACACACACACCCUUCGUUCUCUGGGCUGAGGGCCUCAUACAGCCUGAGCGACCUAAGCAACAGCUGGUGUGCACAGGCACAUUUCCUAUUUCUGCCCAAGGUGGAUCAUAUAACUCUCACUUUAUCAGCCUUGGAGGCCGUGUGAAGGACAAAGCGAGCACGCCCAUAAACAAAACUAAUGUUUUCAUACUGGCCCUCUGGAGGUGGGAGAGGGCCCCCUUAGCGGUCUUACCCCCUCCCCCGCCCGCCACCUCUCCCACUACUCCAACCCACCACCUCCAGGUUGCCUCCUACCCCCAUCACCUUAGACCUCUACCCCACUAACCCUUUCCUCCUAGAGGGUCGCCAGCCCACCACUCUUCAUUUGACUGUGGUGCAUGAAGCGGAUGCGGCAGUGACGUUACCCGUGACUCGUCCUCCAUGUUAAACUGGAGCAUUGCAACCCGUCUGUCUAGAGACUACCUUCCUCCCAGUCGAUCCACAGUAGUAAUGUUAAAGCCACAGGCCUCUGCUUGUCUCAGCCUUCCCUCUCUGGUGUUCUAGGAUGCAGGGCCAGGCCAGUGGCUGCAGAUAUACAGCAUAGCAGCCGGCCCUCAGUGACCCGAUAACAUUUAUAGUUGGGAUGGAUUUUUUUUAAUGGCUGUCAUUAACUCACAGGCAGAGGGGGAAAGAUUGCUUGUACUGUUUUUUUUUUUCUGUGGUAUUUCAGCUUUAUGACAUUAUGUUCAGAUAUGUCAUCUUCCAUCAUCCUUGUUUUAGGGCCUGUCUGACCUGCCACUGCUUUUUUGUGUUUAAAUGCAUAGCCCUUUGUGUGCUAUGUGGACUCUCUCCUUGUAUUCCAAUUGGCUCAUUAAUCCCCCCUCCUCUCCCCUGUAACUAUUCCCCAGGUUGUUGCUGUAAAUGAGAAUGUGUUCAGUCAACUUACCUGGUAAAAUAAGGGUUAAAAUUAAAUUGUAUCUAGGUGUUGUAGGCCCCGUGUAGCUCAGUUGGUAGAGCAUGGCAUUUGCAAUGCCAGGGUUGUGGGUUCGAUUCCCACGGGG